AUGGAAAAACCGUUUUUUGUGGGCACCAAGGUCCAAAACAUUUCUAUCUAUCUAUCUAUCUAUCUAUCUAUCUAUCUAUCUAUCUAUCUAUCUAUCCCUGUUUGCUCGUAUCUAUCUAUAUCUAUAUCUAUCUAUAUAUAUAUGGUUGAAAAAUUGAGUCGGGACGAGCAUUUUUCAGCACCUCCUAGUACACGUCAUAGAUUGCGAUUAAUAUAUGAGGAGAUUAUGGUAAUAUCUAUCUAUCUAUCUAUCUAUCUAUCUAUCUAUCUAUCUAUCUAUCUAUCUAUCUAUCAACAUAUUUCGCAACCUACUCAAGAUGAAACAUUUACGCUAAUAUUUUGGGCUAUUUUGCAUUUAUGGGAGACAUAUAUGGGUUGUAUUUCUGCUGCAUCUCAAUCUAUCUAUCUAUCUAUCUAUCUAUCUAUCUAUCUAUCUAUCUAUCUCAGUCUUUUAUUAUCUAUCUAUCUAUCUAUCUAUCUAUCUAUCUAUCUAUCUAUCUCAGUCUAUUCAUAUCUAUCUAUCUAUCUAUCUAUCUAUCUAUCUAUCUAUCUAUCUCAUUUUAAAUAUCUAUCUAUCUAUCUAUCUAUCAUCUAUCUAUCUAUCUAUCUAUCUAUCUAUCUAUCUAUCUAUCUCAGGCUAUUCAUUUUCUAG